UCUCCCAGGAUCAAAUCUCGCCAAAUAUGGCAGCAUUUAACAGAAGCCUUAAUUUGGCAUCGUAUCUUGCUCCACAAGCAACUCAAUCACCAGAAACAACACGAUACAAGACGGAGACUCACUGAUCAGCGAGGACGAAAUUUUCGAGCUUGGAUUCUUCAACCCCAAAGACUCAACCUUAAGCCAUUGUUAGAUAAAAACGGAGCUAUGAAGAUUGCAGAUGACGGGAACUUGGUAGUCGUCAACGGCCAAAACGAGACCGUUUGGUCAACAAACGUCCCGCUCAAGUUGAAUAAUUCUGUGGCUCUUCUGUUGAAAACAGGGGAUUUGGUUCUGUCUUCAAAUUCAAACAGAAGCAAUUUGUAUUGGGAGAGCUUUAACAAUCCAACUGAUACUUACUUGCCCGAUAUGAGGGUUAGGGUGAAUCCAUCAAGUGGAGAAAAUCGCGCUUUUAUCCCGUGGAAAUCAGAAAAUGAUCCUUCACCAGGAAGGUAUUCGCUGGGGAUUGAUUCCAUUGGAACACUAGAGAUUGUGAUUUGGGAAGGGGACAUGAAGAAAUGGCGUAGCGGACCAUGGAAUUCGGUUAUCUUUACCGGUAUACCGGUUAUGUACCUUGCAAGGAACACUAUUCACGCGUUUAAGCUCUCUUCUCCUCCUGAACGAGAUGGUAGCGUAUACUUAACAUAUGCUCCUUUAAAUAGCUCUGACUUAUUAAGGUUUCAGAUUAGGUUUGAUGGCGUAUUAGAGCAGUUCAGAUGGAACAAGAGUGCCAAGAACUGGACCUCGCUUCUAUUGAAACCAAGCAUGGAAUGCGAGAGGUAUAAUCGUUGUGGUAAUAACAGCCUAUGUGGUGAUAGUAGAUACGGUAACUUCGGUAAAUGUAGUUGCAUUGAUGAGUUUGAGCAGUUGAAUCGAAACCAAUGGGACGGUGGGGAUUUCUCGGGUGGAUGCAAAAGAAUAGUUCCAUUGUACUGUGGCCACAGUCUGCUUGCAGAUAAACAAGACCGGUUUAGGGUACUUAGUGGAAUGAAGCUGCCUGAUUUUGGAUCAGUUGUUUCGCUUAAAAACUCGGAGACUUGUAAGGAUGUAUGUGUGAGGGAUUGCUCGUGUAAUGCUUAUGAAUUCGAAAGUGGAGUCGGCUGCAUGAUAUGGAAAGAAAACUUAGUUGAUUUGCAGGAUUAUAUGCUCAAUGGUACUAAUCUUUAUAUUCAUUUUGCGGAUUCAAAACAAAACACGGUUAGGUUUUGGAUUGUGGUCAUAAUGGCUCCUUCGGUUUGCAUUUUAGUUGCAGUUUUUGUUGGUUUGAGGUUGCGAAAGUCCGUAAAGCGUAGAGCUGAAAAAAUCGAAAAGCUUGGAAAUUAUGGAAUGAUGGAUAGGCUACCACUCUUGCAGACCCUCGAAUCUGCUACGAGACUUUUGAGAAUGAACUGCGAAGAUGUGUGCACAUUGGUUUAUUAUGCGUCCAAGAUCACUCAAACGAUAGGCCAUGCGCUUCUACCGUGAUUUUAAUGCUCGGUAAUGAGAAUUCAGACCUCCCCAAGCCAAAGCAGCCCGUGUUUAUAGCGACAUGGAACGCUACAGACGCUGAAUCAUUGAUGCAAAGAGCAUCCAUCAACCGUGUGAGUUUCACAUCAAUCUCAGGACGAUAGCUCUCAGCAAUAAGUUUUGAUUUACGAGUGUAAAACCAUCUGUGUUUGGGUUUGAAGUCACACACUCUUAGAACUGAUAUAUAGUUUGUUUAAGAAUUUUGAUUUCCACAUUUUUAUUUUGGUUUUAGAAUGAAUGAAUGUAAACUAUGAACAUCUACGGAAAAUUUUAUUGGUAUCAGUAGAUCAUUAGUAAUUUG